AAAUUCGAAUUUUUGGGGUAAAAAAUAUUCGUGAAACUUGUAUUAUUUGUAUAAAACCAUUCUUUGCCUCUUUUCUUUCUUUUUUCUUAUUUUAUCCCCUCUUUUUUUUUCCUCAUACAAAAACAUGAAAGGAAUUAUUUCAAUUCUGUUUCGUUGGAUUGAUUUUUGUAUCUAUCUUUACAUUCAUAUAAAAGCAACAGUGAAUGCUGUUGCAUUUGUGGCUAAAAAGAAUCAACAGCCGACAUCUGCACACGAACUUAUUUUAAAGCACAAGAGACAACAUCGUCCUUCCAAGCGCAUCCUUGUUGACUCUGCUUUUAAAAAACUCCCUAAUGAAAUUCUGAUCAUGAUAUUCCAACACUUGAAACCAAAUGACCUAUACCACUGCUCUAGUGUCUCAAAGCAUUGGAAUACACUAUCAACACCUAUUCUAUGGAAAUCACCUAUACCCAAUCACCCUAUCCUCAGUUGUCUAGCCUCGUUUAGAACCAUUGACCAGAAACACCGCAUGUCACAUAUACAUCAACAAUCACACUUGUAUCCAGGAUUUCCUAUUCAUCUCUCACACUAUGGCCACGCUGUAAAAUCCCUUGAUCUUUCUCUCAUUGCAACGCAUGUCACUGACUGCACCAUUCGGCAUAUUGUUCGUUCAUGCCCUCACUUGACCAGUCUUAAUCUCUCUAAUUGCCGUUUGAUUACCAACGAAAGUCUCAGAUACCUCAGUCAGAAUCACCAACUUCAGGCACUCGUAUUGCAAAAUUGCCGACAAAUUACCGACACUGGACUGAACUAUUUGAAAUGCCAUCCUUUCACCACACUUCAUCUAGGCGGUUGUCACCGUAUGACAGACGAUGGCAUUAUCAGCCUUGUGACAGCAUCCGGAACUACUCUCCGACGACUCUGCUUGAGUGAUUGUAGCCAUGUGACAGGUAAGUCGCUUCGUGCGGUAAGCCGUGCGUGUGGUCCCAGGCUUGAGUGGUUGGAUAUCGCAAGAACAAAGGCCAUUCGACACGCUGACCUACUUGACCUUGUGGCCCAUUGCUCCAAUAUCACUCGACUCAACAUCGCCAUGAAGAAACCCAGACUGCUACAUGAACUAAGACGACAUGAUGCAUUGCACCAAAGGGCCUCAUUGAAUGAAUUAAUUGAACUGCUGGAUCAAUUCAAUAUUCAGCCCAACUUGACUGCCGAGUCUGCUCAACAUCGCCUCCUUCUCUCUCAACAUAUCCAUCGAGAUCCAGUUCAGCCCCAUACCAUUGAAAGCCUUGUGGGUCUAAAGCAGCUUGAGAACCUGAAUUUAUCGUAUUGGACUUGUUUGACAGACAAGGCUGUACAGACACUCGCCAUGCAGAGUCAUUGUCUAACGUAUUUAAACUUGAUUGGAUGUAAAGGUGUGACAAAACAAGGACUCAAGUACCUCUCGGAUCUUUGUGAACGAAAAUCAACUUGCAUUACCUUGAGUAGUGGCCUGAUGAUAACCCCAAAUAAUGUUGUCUGUUCAUAUGAAAGCAAUCCAUUUUUUAUAUCAUCCCCAUUAUCGUCCUCGUCAUCAUCAUCUUCUGAGGAAUGUCACACAAUAACAAAGCGCUCCAAACGACGAUUACAAAAGUUAGAUAAAACAACAAUCGUCAAAGCUUAGUUAAAGCCACAUUCAUUUGUAUUAUUAUAGUCUCUUUCUUUUGUAUAUAUUUAUUAUUCGUCGAUGAAUACAAUCCAUAUAUAUAUAUAUAUAUAUAUAUUCUGCUCAAUAAACAUACACAUUGUUCUGGACAACUUCAUGGGAU